GUGGACACUGUCCAGGACCCAUGAAAUAUUCUCUCAACUCACCCACCCUCAACUUCUAUAUGAUAAAUGAUGGCAUCCAUACUCGAGAUAGUGUCAACCUUUCUCUCCUCCCAUGUCUCGCACUUGCGCGCGCAGCACUUGUCCAACCAUGCCCGGGUUGCGAUUUCUGCUCUAUCAGCUACUAUUUUAGCCGUUUCCCUUCCCCGAGUCUAUCGCAACUAUCGUACGUUCAUGUCCUAUGGGCCCGGAGGGGUACCGUAUAAUAUCAUCGGCUGGUUCGUGGCCAGUGUGAUUCUUCCUCCGUUGGCUAGAGAGAUGUUCUCGACGGAGGUUUAUAAUAAAAAGAUUGCUGCAGGGGAGACGACGAGUUAUCUUAGCGAUGAGUCGGUCAGGGCACGGAAGAGGGAUGGUCGACCGGAGCUUGGACCGCAUGUUUCGCCGCAGAGACAGCUCACGGAAUUUCCCUCAGAGGAGAUUAAAGAGAAAUUAAACCAAGAAUUCUACGCCUUCGCAAACCGCAACGGACACCUCACCAGAUUCUCCGUGUCAAAUCUUGAACUCCACGCCGAUGCUCUCUUCCUCGCUGAUGGCCUUGUGCCGUCGCCCGUGGCACAGAAGAUGAAAGGCGAGAUUGCGCAUAUCCACCGGUUGAAGGAUUUUUCGCUGCAUCUGACCUUGGCGCCUGCGGAUUGUAAGAAAGUGAUUGAGGCUGGUUGGGGACAGCGGCAUAAAUUAUCUGGGGUUCAGGCACCGAGGGCGCUUUUUGGGGGCAGAAUUAUCUCGCUCCCGCCAGAGUAUGUCUUUAUUUAUGCCCCGCGCACCGAACAAGAGGUUGCGUUUGUCAUGGAGAUUCUGGUUGCUAGUGUGAAGUAUAUGACCGGCUCGGUGGAGGUCAGAUGAAAUAUGGAUGAAAGUGGACACUUUAGUGUACUAGUUGUGUACAUUAUAAUUAUAACGUGUUACGAAAUCAACGAAAUCCUCUCUCUUUUUAAA